AUCCUUUUAAUUGUUAUAAGUCUAUUUCGUUGAAAUACUAUUCAGUGUUCACUAAUUUUUCAUCUCUUAAAUUAGAGUGUUUUACUAUUUAAAUUGUGGUAAAUUUGUUCUUUUGUCUGGUCUUCCUUUUUUUUCUUGAUGAUGUAGAUGUUAAUCAUUUGUGGAUCCUUGAUUGUUGUUUAGUUUCUAUAUUGUUUAUUGGAAUCAUCAUCACCUUUUAGAUUAUUAACCUUUUACUAAUUGUAAAUUGUUCUCUAAAUUGAUCAUAAAUCAUCGCCAAUCAAUACUCUUGGUGUCCAAAAGCGUCAACGAACCAACUGCAACAGUACAACAACCACAACAACCGUUGAAGAAAAUAUCGAUUGGUAUUGCAGUCCAUCGUCAUCAUCAUCUAAACCAACAACAUCUUCAAUUGUAUCUUCAUCGCCAUCAUCAUCUACUAUUGAGAAUAACAACUCAGAUACUUUGCCCAAUUCUGGUGAUCUUUUCCCUUGGGAUUGUUACGAGCCAAGUGAAGCUAAAAACAUGGAUUCAGCGUAUGAACAACUGUGUCAACUUCAUAGCCGAGCCUCGAAAGCAGCGGCCCAUCAAGUUGAAGAUCUGGUAAGACGAGCCUACGAGAAAAAGGAUUCAGCUGAAGCCUAUGUAAGGCAAACCAUUCAAGAUGCUUGGAAUGUCUGUCACUUUCAUCAUCUUCCAAAAUGGCUCCAAGAUAAUGAUUAUUUGCACACUGGUCAUCGACCACCACUCCAAUCAUUCAAGGCCUGUUUCUGGUCAGUUUUCCGUAAACACACAGAGACAGGUAACAUUUGGACCCAUGGAAUCGGUUUUCUCAUCUUUCUUUUUCUUUCGCUGUAUAAAUUAAUCGUUGCUCCCCAUCCUUGGUCUGUCAUGGACAAACUCAUUUUCAGUGCUUUUUUCCUUGGUGCUGUUCUUUGCCUUGGAUUUUCAACCUUCUAUCACACAGUUUCUUGUCAUUCACCUCAAGUUGGCAGAUUUUUCAGCAAAUUGGAUUAUUGUGGAAUCGCUCUACUCAUCACUGGGUCCAUUAUUCCAUGGCUCUAUUACGCAUUCUAUUGUGAAUAUUAUCCAAAACUUUUGUACACUGCACUUACCACAACCCUUUGCGUUUUCGUUAUCAUAUUAUCGCUUUGGGAUAAAUUCAGUGAGCCUAAUUUCAGACCAGUUCGUGCAACCGUUUUCGUGCUCUUUGGCUUGUCUGGUGUUUUCCCCGGAGGCCAUUGGUUAAUUUCUCAUAACUGGUUUUCUGAUGAGACUCUUCGUGCUUCCUUUACCUGCCUUGUAAUCAUGGCAGUUCUUUACCUGAGCGGUGCUCUCCUUUACGCUUGUCGUAUUCCUGAGCGAUUUUUCCCUGGUAAAUGUGAUUACUGGUUCCAUAGUCACCAAAUUUUCCAUAUCCUUGUUAUCGCCGCUGCCAUGGUCCAUUAUCGCGGCAUCUCAGAACUUGCUCUCCAUCGCCUUAGCAACUCUCAAACCUGUGAAGCCCAGUGAUCCUUUCCAGUUAUCGAAAAUCUUUCAAUCACAAAUCAAUUGAUUGAUUUCUUGAAAUUAACUUAACCAAUCAUAUUUUAUCCUUCUACUUGCAGAAAAUCAAACUUACCCAUACAUACACAGUUCAUUGUUGGUUAACAAUUAAUCUAUUGUCAUGCAACAAUCAUCAUUAUUAUUUACAAAAUUUUUCUUGCCUUUUCUUUGUUCAAAUGUUCAAUCAUCAAUACGAGCAGUGUAUGUAUGGGAUUGUUUACUCUCUCUCUCUCUCUCUCUCUCUCUCUCUCUCUCUCUCUCUCUCUCUCUCUCUCUCUCUCUCUCUCUCUUUCACCUUUCCUGUUAUCGACCACUUUCAAUUUCUUCUUCUUCCCCUCCCUCUCUUUUUACCUCCGCGUCUCUGCUUAAUCAGAUUUAAAUAGAUUCUCUAAUUGCUGAGUUUAUUUUCAUCUAUUAGACUGUUACAAUUACUCCUUAUCAUUUUUAAAUCUUAUCCACUUAUCACCCUCUCUGUCUUCUCCCUCUCCCUCUCUUAUCAAAUGUUCAUCUUCACGAUCAUCAUCUCCAGCCAUCAACACAAUCAACUUGAAAAGGAGUUUAACUCAACAAUAAUCAUCAAUUUAAUUGCAUAAAAAGCGUAGAGCGGGCAAUCAAAUAGCUUUUUUGUGUCAACAUUACACAUUUAAAUUGUUGAGUUGUUUAAUUUUUUAGAGAAACAAAUUGCUAUCGAAAAACAAAUGCAUCAUUGUUAGAUUGUAUUAUUAUAUUAUAUCACAUUAUAUUAUUACAUUAUAUUGAAACAAAAAAAACAA